CUCUCUUUACCCAAACCCAGAAUCAAAGCAGCACAGACUAGCACUUUUCCUUCGUUAAGAAAACAAUCAAUCUCGACACGCAGAAAGAAGAGAAGAAGAGCUCAGAAGGAAGCAGCCAAAGAUUUAAGUUAGUAACCUAAAAGGAGGUCAAAAAUGUCGUGGCAAACUUACGUUGAUGAGCACCUGAUGUGCGAUAUUGAUGGCCAAGGCCAGCAUCUCACCGCCGCUGCAAUUAUUGGCCAUGAUGGUAGCGUCUGGGCUCAGAGCACCUCUUUCCCUCAGUUCAAGCCCGAGGAGGUCACUGACAUCAUGAAGGAUUUUGAGGAGCCAGGCCACCUUGCCCCUACAGGCUUACACCUUGGGGGCACAAAGUACAUGGUUAUCCAGGGUGAGGCUGGAGCUGUUAUCCGUGGAAAGAAGGGAUCAGGAGGGAUCACCAUAAAGAAGACUGGCCAAGCUCUUGUUUUCGGUAUCUAUGAUGAACCUGUGACUCCAGGGCAGUGCAACAUGAUUGUGGAGAGGUUGGGAGAUUAUCUCAUCGAUCAGGGGCUGUAGGCCUAGCCUAGUCUAUCACAAUUGAUUAAAUUUCUUCUUAUGGGGUUACAAGUACUGUUUUUGUUUAUGUUUUUCCUUUUGUUUUUGAUCUCUGGUUCCACGUUUGCAUCUUCUUCUCUUGAAAGGCCUUGAAUUGGCAGUGAAGAUGUUGCAGACAAUAACCAUGCGAGAACUAAAUUUGUUGUUGGUGUUCGCUUGUUUUUGACUUGGAUUACCUUGAUAAAAUCUUGAUCUCAUGUGUAUUCUUUGGAUUUGAUCCACAAUUUUCUCCCAUGCAAAUUGCAAAUGUUACUUCUUUUUGAAUUA